CCAUCAUCAUCAACAUCGAUCACCGUUGAAUCGUCGACAUCAACAUCUUGGUCAUCGCAUCGCCCAUUGACCUCUUUGCAUAUUCAGCCAGGAAGCACUUUAUAUGGUAGCAGAGACACCAAUCAGCAACGCGGACGGCAUACGACGCUGGGCUAGGUCGGUCGCCGCAUUGGGACGGGGCGGCAAGUCUACCAAUAUCACAGAGAAUCAAGACACCGGAUCUAGUUCAGACGAAAGUAACAUCAAACGUCCCGAGGACCUUCGACGACGCCCGAUCCCGCCUCUUUCUGAUAUCAGUAGUCAGAGUCUUACCAGCCCGGACCCUUCGGACUCGAUCGUCCAAGACAAGAACGCUCUAAACUCGGAUUUCGACGACAGCGACCUCGAUCCGAGCGACUCGAUGUCUCAACUCGGCGAAUUCAACAAAGAGCUGGUGCCGUCGGCCAUCGAACCUCCCGCCAACAGAUCCGAUAUCACUGCAGGUGAUGGUACGCCCGGUUAUUAUCAGUUCCGGCUUCAGGCCGCGGAAGUGGUCCCCUUUCAAAAAUGUAUGCACGAGCACUUUUACCUGUACGACAUCUUCGGAAAUGUGGCUACACUGCGUGACAUCGCCGAGAAGCGAGACGGUUGGGCCGAGGCGGUGACAAGCUUGAAAACCCUGGCGACGCAACGCAUAACUCUCGUCUGGCCGGAACAGAAAUUAGAUGGAAAGAUGCAAGUGGUCUUGGAAAACUGGCUCAAUCCGAAACCUAAUGACCUUCCGGUAGCAUACGUGGUCACUAAGCCUGGAAUCUGGAAUCGUAUCCCUGCGAAUAUCACCCACUGCCAAGAUCUCUCACAACCCGACUCCGAUAUGACUAUCAACAUCGACCCAAAACAUCCAAACCUGCACGAGCUCAUGAGAAAAUUCGAUUACUACGACUUCGAGUGGGACCCCUCGUCCGGAGACCAUCCGCUAUCGGCUAGAGCCAUGCUUCGCAUCGUCCUGGAUAAGUUGACGAAAGAGAAGGCGCCGCUCAAGAGCACUAAGAACUACCCCGGUUUUCCGCUUCUGUGGGAGCUGUUGCUCGCGGAGUUCAAGGUCACGGGUUCGCUUGCUCACAAGGAUAGAUCCCCCGAAAUGAAAGUAGCUCGCAACCAGACGGAAAAUGCGAUGUUUGUCCAAUUAGCGACCUUCGCUCAGCUGUACAUGGACGUGCCUCUGGAGGGCGACAAAGAUUUCGAACGUUUCGUGUUGUCGAUGACGAUCUGUGGCGAGUUUUGGACUGUUGAAUAUGCCUUCAGGAUGUCAGCGAGAGCGACCCGUCACGAGACUCGUUGCAGUACGAUCGCGAAGGGGAAUUGGGCCGAAGACCCGAAGGCCUUUCUCGGUGCGAUCCAGCAAGUCAUGGAGGAGAACAUGCGAAACGUGGCCGAUGCGGCGCGACGGAUGGAGGUGCUGAUGAAUACAGCCAAAAAGCUGCCUACCAAGAUCCCCAAGUUCGAAAUACCCGCUCGCGGCUACACGAAAACCCCGAAGCCAGCGGAGGGGCAGGAGGUCAAGAAGCCGGAGCAAGCGGAAGAGCGGGGGGGAAAGAUGGGGGAGCAGGCCGCUACUGGCAUCGCGAUAAAGCAGCCGCAAGAUGCCAAGGCUGAGUCGGUAGACGAAGCGGAGCAGAGCGGGAAAGAGAAGAACAAGACGAAACAGGCGAUGCAACAAACGGGAAAGACGGCACAGAUGGAUACGACGGAAAAGACAAUAGCCGAGGAGAUGCUUUCGCAGAGUGAAGGGGCGGUGAUCAGUGAGCGUGCGACGACUCCUCCGGCUAUCUACGUCGGAGACGAACCGCUCCAAGCACCGGGGACAAGCCCCGAGGUGAGUCUGCUCAUGAUGCGCCGAAAAGUCUUGGCCGCUCACUACGCAAAUUCCAGGAAUCGAGUCUGACCAGAUCGAUGGUGAACCUCCAACUAGGUCGUUCCCGUCCCUAAAGGCCCCGCUUGGCUACUAAACGCUACGGCCACUCGUCCCAAGAGGACACGACCCGUCGUUAAAUGCUACGGACAAAUCUUUACGGAAACGAUCGAUUUCUCAACGACGACAGACCUUACGAUUACGCUUUUGAAACACUUUACGAAUACAAUCACAUCGGAGCCCGG